AUGAACCGACCGGUGCGAGACGUGCCGCCAGCAAACGCUCCGCGCGUGCGUCACCUGCGCGCUGCUGAUCAAGGGCCACUGGAAUGGAUGGUGCCGUUCAUCCCUCCCGUGCUGCGUGUGAACCGCGAGACGCGCGCUGAGAUCCGUCGCAAAGCGGCGCAGAUAUUGUCGAGAGAGACGCUGACGAGGCUCGUGCUUGCGCUGAAACCUCAUUGGCGCCUGCUGGUCAGGUGCACAGUGGUGGCGGCCGUUUGGAUUCGAGGACUCGUCUAUGUUCACGACAACGCGCCCGAGUUCGCUGGGGCGUACGUGAUUCUCUUUGGGUUUGCAGCUUUGGGGUAUCAUUUGGUGUUUGGACGAGAGGAACACGCUGGCGGCAUGAGCGCCUACUCUGUGUUUAAUCGCGGCACGCAGAGGAUGUUGGGAUCGCUGUCAGCAGAGCAGUUUGAGAAUGAGAUCCGUCAUCGACAAGUUGACCACGAAGAGCUACGACCACUACAGGGAGUUGAGGCUGCUCGAGAUAUUGGCGAUCAUCACGACGGCGUGUACGAUGAAGACGACCCGGACUUGGUUGCGGCGCUGAAUCUUUCGCUGCAAGAAAGGAAGCGCGUUGAACGCCGUACGCGGCGCACGUCCCGUCGGAAAUGUUAG